AAUGCAACCCUGAGUUUUGAUAAUUUCUUGUAUCGCUAUACAUUUUUUUUGAGGAGUUUUGUUACAAAAUUAAUUUAAAAUUGUUUAAACAAAACAAUGGUCCGAACAGUUAAGGAAACUGGCUUUGUUGUCGAAAAGAUUGUCGACAAACGAAUUACACCAGAAGGGAAAGUCGAAUAUUAUAUUAAAUGGCGUGGAUACCCUAGUGCCGAGAAUACAUGGGAACCUGAGGAGAAUUGUGAUUGUCCAGCUUUAAUACAAAAGUUUGAAGAGUCCAGAGCUAAGUCAAAGAAACGUGGUGAAAAGAAACCCAAGGUUGAAGAAAUUCUAAAACCGCGAGGCUAUGAACGUGGUUUAGCAAUGGAACAAAUUGUUGGGGCAACUGAUGAAACCGGUGACGUAUCUUACCUAAUAAAAUGGCAGUUUUGCGAUGAGCUCGAUUUGGUUGCCGGAGAGGAAGUAAGGCAGAAGAAUCCAGAGUUUGUUAUUGAUUUUUUUGAGAGGCGCUCACCAUUUCAACGUGUUAUAAACGAGCGACUGUUGGGUGUUCCAGACGAAUUACGUGUGAUGAAUGUGAAUGAACAACAUACACCUUCAGGCAAUCCUGAUGUAACAACUGCCACUGUCGAAAAUGCUGCUGCUGAUGGAGAUGAUACUUUAAUGACAGGUGAUUUAAACCAACCGAACGCUAAUGAAAGCUCCGGCAACGUUGAUAGUGCCGCCGUAUCCUAUUCUAUUCCAGUACCUGGAGUUGGAAACAUAGCAAUUGACGUACCGAUUUUAGAUAGUUCAGCACUAUGAAUAUGUUACGUUGUUACAUAAUUUAAAACAAAAAAUAUCAAACAAAAAUUUUGGUAUAUGUAAUUUUACUGAUAUUUUUACAAAUUUAUAAAUAUAUGCAUAUAAAUGUUUCCAAAAAUA